CAAAACAAUUAAUCCAACUCAUAUCUCUCUCUUAUACAUCUGUCUAGCUCUUGUCUCUCUGAGAAACAAAGAUGGAUAAAUCAUCAAUCCAGUGCUUCUUAUUCAUACUUCUCACCAUCAUCGUCACUUUUAUUUCAUGUUCGAAUGCUCAGAGAGAAGUUGAGGAUGAAAGUGAAUUUAGCUACAAGCAGAACGUGGAGAACGGGCCGGAGAAAUGGGGGAAACUGAAACCGGAAUGGAAAAUGUGCGGGAAAGGAGAGAUGCAAUCUCCCAUUGAUCUUAUGAAUGAAAGAGUUAGAAUUGUUUCUCAUCUUGGAAAGCUUACUAGAAACUACAAACCUUGCAAUGCCUCUCUCAAAAAUAGAGGCCAUGACAUGAUGCUGAGAUUUGAAGAAAGGCCCGGAAGUAUUAAGAUCAGUGGUACUGAAUAUCAACUCCUACAGCUUCAUUGGCAUUCUCCCUCUGAACAUACGAUCAAUGGAAGAAGGUUUGCUCUGGAACUUCAUAUGGUUCAUGAAAGCAUUGACGGAAGUAUGGCUGUAGUCACAGUGCUUUAUAAAAUUGGAAGAUCAGACUCGUUUCUCACCUUGUUGGAAAAUAAAUUGUCGGCGAUGACAGAUCAAAAUGAGUUUAAUAUAGGAACGAUAGAUCCAAAGGAGAUUAAGCUUGGGAGCAGAAAAUAUUAUAGAUAUGUUGGAUCACUUACCACUCCUCCGUGUACGCAAAAUAUCACUUGGACCGUCGUCAAAAAAGUCAGGACCGUGGCGAGAAACCAAGUGAGACUACUCCGAGUGGCUGUUCAUGAUAAUUCAAAUACAAACGCAAGGCCGGUUCAACCUACAAAUAAGCGCGUGGUGAAAUUAUUCAGGCCAAGAUCUUACUGAAUCAGAUACAAUACAGUAAUACACUAUAUUCAUUUUAUUUUUACAAAUAUUGUAUGUAGCUAUACUAAAUAAAGGGUGUGUUCCUUGGUUAUAUUUUGGUGUUCCAUCAUUCCAUUAUUUUCGCGACCUUCUAUUCAACUUUUUUGUUGUUGUAAAAGACCUUCUAUUCAAUACUAUUAUUCACUUUAAAGUUA